CCUCUCCAUCAUCUGCUUCCUCGCCGGGCGCCGGACGGCUGCCUUCGCAGGCUUCGCGGCCAUGAAGCUUCCGCCGGCUGUUGUCUGUCUUCUCCUCAUCCUCGUCUUCUUUGAUGCUGCUCGCGUGGAGGCCCGAGGCACACCUUCUGCCCAGGGGUCGAGGAACCAAUGGUCCAGCAUGUUCGUCUUCGGCGACGACUUCGUCGACAACGGCAACCGUCCCAACAUCACCGGUGAAAAGACAUCGCGCCAAUGGAGCUACCCCUACGGCUCCUAUCUCAACUCUCAUUAUGCCACGUCUCCUGUUUUGACCGGACGCUUCUCCAACUACAGGAUGCAAUCAGAUUUUAUAGCAAGGAUGUUGGGUCUCCAUGAAGCCCCUCCAGCGUACGAGCUCACAGAAGAUCAAUCUUGUGACUCAUCUGGAAUGACCUUUGCUUCUGGCGGCGCUGGUGUCUUCAAGGUGAAGACCAAGAAGGUGCCGACCCUUGCCGCACAGGUUCAAACUUUCAAGAGGCUUGUCAAGGACGGGGUCAUCUCAACACAUCAGCUUCACCACUCCGUCGCGCUCAUCGCCAUCUCCGGCAAUGAUUACAUGAGCGACUCCGACAUUGAGACUGGCUUCUACACAAGUUUCGAUUAUCUUGAUACUUAUGUCGGAAACGUGGCGACUGAGAUCCUAGAUAAUGUGGCGCAACUGCAGAUGCUUGGUGUGAGAAAGGUGUUAGUAAACAACUUGCAUCCCAUUGGCUGCACGCCUUUGCAUACUAGUUUGAACAACUACACCACGUGUGACCUUCUCGGCAAUUAUGGCGCAUCCGUGCACAACAAGUAUCUAAAGCAAAUGCUCGAAGAAAGGGACAACAUUCACAUACUGGAUCUCUACACCGCUUUCACUGACAUCAUCAAUCAUGCCCCUGGUGGAGGGUCUGCUGAGUCCAAGAAUUUCAAGGGCAAACUGACCCCGUGCUGCGAGAGUACCUAUAAGGGAGGGUACUGUGGAGAGCGUAGCCAUUCAGGGAAGCGCUUGUACGACCUGUGUGAAACUCCUGACAAGAUGUUCUAUUGGGACCAGACACACCCAACACAUGCUGGGUGGGAAGCUGUAAUGAAGGCUCUGCAACAGCCUUUGAUGGAGUUUCUUGAUGAGGACUACGUUGCAUGAUUGGCCUAAAAAAACUACGUUGCAUGAUGCGGCAGCUUGAUGGCUAGCCAGUUGCUGGUGCAAUAUAUUUUUGGUUAGCUUUAUAAAUGGCAUGCGUGUUUCGGAAGAAGGUUGUGAGUUUUUUCCCCUUGUGUUUUGAUGGCGUUUUAUGUAAUGAGACAUGAUCGGAUGUUAAUUUUCUCAUGGUUUAUCCCCUAUAUAUUAGUUGAUAUUGAAAAAUUGGUUGUAUA